AAUUUGAGCACACACACUUGUAGACAUCUCUGUGCAUUAUCUAGAAGCAUGAAAUGGGCAUAAUACUUGACUUUGAUAUAUAUGCAUGUCAAUAAUUAUUAUGUGAACCAUCCACAAUUAAAACAUGAAAAUGUCUUUAAAAAUUGUUUACUGAAGCUUUGUAUUUGAUUAAAUGUCCCUUCACAAUUUAGUUUUGUCGUUUUUGGUAAAGACUUUCUUUUGUCGAUAGCUCAAUUGACAGCGGUCGAGACAGCCGUUUCAGGUACAGGAAUUUCCAAUCAAACUCUCCUUUUAAUACUCCAUGUCAGUAACUGUUUUGAAGUAUAUUACCAGUUCUUAAAUUAAUAAUUGUACCAAAAUAAAAAAAAAUGAAAAGUAUCUGAAAACAUCAUUUAUUGUUACACUAUGUCAUAAAUGUACCAAAGUGUUGUGUAAUGAUACAAAAUGAUCCCUACCCUGGCCUCUUGUUGAAUGUAUGUUAGAUUGAAAUACUCCAGAAACUGGAGCAUUCUUAAAGAAUCUCAGUUUAUAAAAGCUUAUGAGAUUUCAGAUAAAACUUGAUUUAUUUGACAGGAGCACUUUUAACAAGAAAUGAGAUUCUUUAAGGAUGUUUUUUCCCUGCAUUGAAUCAAUAUUUUCCCAGCAUCCCUUGAACUGUUGAAUUUAAAGAAAACAUGCAUCUUUAUCUUGCUGGGAACAAUCACUUACUGACAGACAAACGUCUUGUGGACGAUGACAUGAUUGCCUUGUACAAAACUCUACAGAACAACCUAUAUGUCACCAGCAUAGAUCUUAGGUUCAACAAUAUCACUGAUGAAGGAGCCAAACAUAUAGCUAAACUUAUUGAGGAGAGUGCCACUCUAAAGGACAUAAAUCUGAUGGGGAAUGACAUUGGUCCUGAGGGAGGAGAAGCCCUUGCCAAAAGUCUACAGACCAACCAAAGUUUAAAAUCUUUGAGAUUAACUGGAAACAAGAUAGGAAAUAGAAGUGGCAUGGCAUUUGCUCAGGUUUUACAAGUCAACAACACAUUAGAGACCCUGGAUGUAGCAGACUGUGAUUUGACCAUUGAAAGUAUCAUCGCAUUAUCAACAGUUCUAUACCAAAACAAGACACUGAAGGCACUUAAUAUCAACAGACCACUUUUAUUCACCCAUCAAGAGGAGACAACUGUGCACUAUGCUAAGAUGCUACAUGUGAAUACAACAUUAGAAGAAAUUCACUUACAGAAGUAUGAUAUGAGAGACUUUGGAGCAACUCGUCUUGCUGAGAAUUUAAUGCAAAACAAUAGCUUGAAAUACUUGGACUUAAGCUGCAACAGAGUGACCAGGGAUGGUGCAUUAGAGCUGGCUAAGGUCCUGAAGGAGAACACGGCGAUAGAGAUUCUGGACCUCGGUUACAACAGACUGGAGGAUGAUGGGGCAUGUCAUAUCGCAGAGGCUCUCUCUACAUACAAUACAAAUCUUAAAACACUGGUGGUAUCAUAUAACAAUAUCGGAAACAAAGGUCUGUGUGCUUUGGCUGAUGCCCUGAAAGUGAACACAUCUCUUGAACAAAUCUUUAUCUGGGGAAACAAACUGGAGGAACCAGCAACUAUUGCUUUUGCUAAUUUACUGGAGAGUGGCAGAAUAAAGUCCGAGGAUACAGAUAUUCGUGCCUACAUAGUGGACGGAGUAACAAAGCUUUGUGAAUUAAACAAUACAAUCCGCAGACAUUAUUACUAUGUUCCAAGUUACGGAGAUGAUGUGCCUAGCUGGCAGCCAAGGGGACAGAACCCAAGAGGGUCAGAUGUUGUUGCAAUCAAAAAUUUUACCACAUAUUAGACUUCAUUGUCAAGCUUAGACAUUUCAUUAUAACUUUUCAUUUUCUGUAACAUACUCAUUUUAUCAAUGAAACAUUCAGUUUAAUCAACAAAUUUUAUUUGUACAUUUGUAAAAAUUGUUUGUGUGUGUGCAUACACAACAGUAUGUCUGGAUCUGAAAAACUAACCUGUAAACAGGUGGCACAAUUAAUGUUGAAAGUUUUAAAAUUCAUGUACAUGUGAUAAAUAUUUGUAAAUAUUGUAAAUAACUGUUAAAGAAUGUUAACGAGAUAUUGUAAAUAAAAUAUGAAAUACA